AUGGGCAUGGAGGUAGCCAUGAAUCGAGUGGUAAGCGCCGACAUCGUCGUCGUCGGUCUAAAUCAAGAGACGAAGAGCGUGGGAGACACCGUCGUAGUCCACGAGAUGAUCGGCAUCCAAGAUCACAACACAGACGCCGAGAUGAAGAGUGUGGGAAGCACUACGAAAGAUCCAGGUCUCAGGACCGACGCCCAAGAUCCCGUCGACAAUAUGAGGACAAUGAUUCUAGAGUAUCAGAUGACGGGCGGUGCAGGACCAGUAGAAACGUUGCGUCAUGGGCAUCGAAAGCCAGAUACACUGUCGCCCAGAGGUGGAGAACGCCGGGGCAGUGUUGCGAGUGGCUACCAAACUUCAUGGCGAGACUUGAAAGCAGAGCGAAAGAAUGGCCCAGCAUCUGGAAGUAGAGUUCCAUCACCAUAUUCCUCAGCGCAAAGACCAUCAAAAGGGCUUUCCAGGGUGCGAUCUCAUUCUCGUGGUCGCAGAGAUACAUCGCAGUCAGACCGGAAGAGGUCGCACACACCCCGCGGACCUCACCACCGAAAGUCCAGAGAGCGCUCAAGCUCUCAUCGGCGUGAUAUUGAACAUAAAAAACAGUCAGAUAUUCGUUCAGGCCGCAUUGGUGCGUCCUACUCUCCAACACGGCGACAAAGAGGACCAGACGGUACACCAUUCGGAAGCUUACCUGAACGUAAAAGCAAAGAUACUUUUGGAAACCAUUUCAUGAACACUUAUAGGCACAUCAAAGCCGAGUACGAGGCUGGUUAUCGAAGUAAAGGUAAGCUCGAGAAAGCGCUAGACGAGAUGAGGAAGAAAAAGAGAGUCACAAAAGUCAGCAGUGACAGGCAAACGAGUAGGCACAAAAUAGAAAGGAAGAAAAUACGAAAAAGUGAGCCAGAAAGAAUCAGGGGGGUUGAGAGAUAUCCUGAGAAACCCAGGGGCGCUGAAGGGAAACCUAGGGCUGCUGAGGCAGAGGCGUGGGAGCAUCAUCGGCGCGAAGAGGAGGAACACAAAAGAAGGAAGGAUGAUGAUAGGAGGGGAGAAAAAGACGCUGACCAGAAAAAGAUUCAAAGUUUACCAGUCAAACCUCUCCAGAGUCAUCAGAUUCAACCGAAGAUCACGGUACCACGACAACCACAGUACCGCAGUGACCAGACGACGGCCUCCGGUGAGACAAAGCCAAGGCCAAAGCCAGAUUCAGAGCCAGAUCCAAAAAAAUCUUACCGUAAUCAAAGCGCAAGACCAAAGACUGUUGAACUACAGAUCCCAGAGACUAAUAGCCCCAAGCGCAAUAUUUCUACUCUACCACCAGUUCCGGAGAUACAUCUCCAGCCUCCCACAUCUGCUAGAGCUCCACGUCGUCAGCCACAUCCUGUUGUCCGCGAGUCAUCACAUCCCCCUACGAACCGUCCAGCUCCACAUGUUCCAGAACCAUCUCAUUGGCAACAUCCACUUGCCCAACGGCCUCUGACCAUCCGUAAGGAAACGCUUGAGCAUGAGGUUUCAUCACAACGAGAGUCGGCAGGUCGAGGUGUAGACGGUAAAUCCGAAAUUGGGUCAGCAGCGAGCUAUUACGAUCAAGCUCCACGUUCGCCGAUGCCAGGAAGGUACGAAGAGGGUGAACAGACAGAAUAUGAAGAGGAUGAUCAAUCAGAAACUUACGAUGAAGUGCCAUACCCAGACACACCUCCAUCACCUGUUAUACCCCCAAAUUCGGAUACGCUUCCUUCUGCAGUCGGGUCAGAGGACUCCUCAGUUUCGUCGUCACCAAUCAUGUCCCAUACACUACGAGUUGCAUCGCCUUCUCCUCGAUCCACGUCCACAUUCUUGCAGAGUAUCCAGAUGCCGACUCCUCAGCAAUCGGUACCUCCCACUACAUCACCACCACCAUCAUCUCCUCCUCAUCCAGCCUCUCCACUACCCGCAGUGCAACCACCUAACAACACUGGGAUGGCUGCUCUGUUCGGUGAAAUCAACGGGGGUAGGUUCGAGUUGCGCAAAGUAGCGGAUUCGGAAAAAAGACAUCGUAAUAACAACCCGACAGCCGGCAGGGUAGUGUAUAAUGAGACGGCACACAGUCAAGAUGUAGAGGAACGUGAGCGAGCUCAAGCUAGGGAAGCGAACAACCAAACGCCAUCUCGAGGAAACAGUGCAUGGAGCACUCGCAUCUCUAUGGACGAUGAAGACGAUAUACAACCAGUACCCAACAGAGCGUUCCAAAGCGACUUGGCGAAAGCUCUGCAGGCGAGGAGAUCGGGCUCAGGUACUGACACUUCUACAAGGGGACCUCGGAGAGGUUCUGAGGAUAGUUCACUAACUGCAGGCUCUAGAACGUCCAUGAUUGCCAACGUUUCUGGGAAACUGCGAGACGAGAGUGCACCUGUUCAGCGGCUUUCCAAAUCGGAAAGCGACGAGGAUCUUAUCUUUACUUUGGCGGCACAUAUCGCGCAGCCAGGUUGGAGCUUUGAUGAUCUGACUAAGGAUUGA